CUGUGAGAGUCCAUUUCCAGUUAGUGGAGAACUAGCCAUUUGCUUCAAUGCAGUUCAAACAGGCACCUUGGUUUCCCUUAAUAAUCCCCAAGGCCAAAACCAGAUGAAAUAGGGCUUGUGUGGUGAAUCUCCUUCACCCACAAAUAUGGAAGCAAGGGCGGUGCAUGCAGAGAAUUGCAUUUCUUUGAUCAAGCAAAGUAGCAACAUCCAAUCCCUGAAAUGUGUUCAUGCUUGCAUGCUCAGGUCCCACCUUUGCUUCAACCUCUUCUUCUCCACUAAACUUAUCGCUCACUACCUCUCUCUCGGCUCCAUCUCACUCGCUUCCACCUUAUUCUCUCUUGCUUCUCACUCUUCCUCGCCCGAUGUCUUCCUCUGGAACGUCAUGAUACGUGGCUUCCUCGACAAUUCCCUCCAUCACCGUUCUUUGGAACUCUACACGCAAAUGCGACAACUUCCCCACCUCCAACCAGACAAUUUCACCUUCCCGUUUGUUCUGAAGGCCUGUGCUUAUCUACGAGAUUAUCGGUUCGGUAUUCGAGUUCAUGCUGAUGUGGUGCAAUUUGGGUAUGGUUCUGAUGUGACCGUGGCUAACUCUUUGUUGACUUUGUAUGGCAACUGUGGCCGUCAUGACAUUGCACGCCGGUUGUUUGAUGAUUUGCUCGACAAGAAUGUUGUCUCUUGGAGUUCAAUUAUUGGCGCAUACGCCCAGAAUGGGUGCUACCGCCAAGGGCAAUUCUUGUUUUCGCAGAUGUUAGCCAAUGGAAUUGUGCCAAACAGAGCUUCCAUCUUGAACGCUAUGGCUUGUGUGCACACAGAAAAGGAAGCUGACCAUGUUAGGAGGUUCGUGAUGGACAAUGAGCUUGACUUGGAUAGAUUAAUACAGAAUGCUACCAUGAGAAUGUAUGCGAGAUGCGGGAGGAUGGAUGUUGCUCGGGCAUUAUUUGAUGGGAUAAUUGAUAAGGAUUUGGUAUGCUGGACAUCAAUGAUUGAAUCUUAUGCUGGGGCUAGUAUGCCGUUGGAGGCCUUGGGGCUCUUUAGACAGAUGAUCUUGUUAAAAAUCAAUCCUGAUUCAGUGACCCUUCUGGCUGUAGUUUGUGCUUGUUCACAGUUGGCAUGUUUCCAGCAAGCACGUUUCAUUCACGGUUUUGUAAUUCGGAACUGUUUCCAAAAUCAAGUAUCUCUUGAAACUUCUGUAGUCGAUCUCUACGUGAAAUGUGGAAAUCUGGCAUACGCCAGAAGAGUUUUUGACCAAAUGCAGGAGAAAAAUGAGAUCUCAUGCAGCACCAUGAUUUCAGGUUAUGGGAUACACGGCCACGCUAGAGAAGCUUUGGACUUAUUUGAUCAGAUGAAGGCGUUGCGACAACCAGACCUUAUUACGUUUGUGUCUGUUUUGUCAGCAUGCAGUCAUGGUGGAUUGAUACAGGAAGGAUGGGAGUGCUUCAAUUCCAUGAGUAGAGAUUUUGGAAUAAGACCAGUUUCUGAACAUUAUGCAUGCGUGGUUGAUCUCUUGGGUCGUGCUGGGCGACUUUGUGAAGCCCAUGACUUUAUUCAGAAGAUGCCAAUAAAGCCAGGUGCAGCUGUAUGGGGAGCACUGUUGGGUGCCUCUAGAAUUCAUUCAAAUGUAGAAAUGGCUGAGCUUGCUGCAAAAUAUCUUUUAGAGUUGGACUCCAAUAACGCCGGUCGAUAUGUUCUUUUAUCCAAUAUUUACGCUUCUUGUGGUAAAAGAAUAGAAGCGGAUAUGGUUAGAGCUCAAAUGAAACAGAGAAGGGUGAGGAAAAUUGCCGGGCAAACUACUAUACAUCGAGGCUAAGAUCAAGGCAACAGAUUUCGCAGUGUGGAUAUGGUAAACCCAAUUGAAAAAGAAAAGGGUAUUACACUUGAAGAAUUUAGGAUCACAAAGAUGCACAUAGCUAACGGAUGAUCCAAAUUAGAAGUCAAAAACUCUUUAAGUAAGUAAAGAUCGAAGGCAAAGCAAAGUUAAAAUUUACACCACAUCUCUGCCUUAUGCCACAGCAUGAAUUCAGUCAUAAUGGUAGAAAAACCUGUGAGCAAGUAUGCCACGGCAUCUUUGUAGAUGCUAGAGUGUAAUACCCAAUGACAGGCAACAGAAUGGUCUUACAUCAUAGCGUGACACAAUUAUGCCAUGGCGUGUUCGUCAGUUGGUGAAACGCUCAGCUUUGAAGAAAACUAAUAUUUCUAGGGUUCUGAAGGGGGGAGCUCAACAUUCUGGACUUCCAGCAGCUACUGUAUGUGGGGAAUGAAGGGAGAACACCAAGGACGAGUUGGAGAAGCAUGGGUUUCAUGGGAGAUUAGUGGUUUUCGUCCAAAAUCACUUUAAUUAAGCUUUUCUUCUCCUUUUUCUCUUCAUUUUGAUGUAUAGUUCACUGAUUUGCCAUGUUCAAAGCUAUAUGUGGCUGAUUUCUUCUUAAACCUAAAGGAAUUAUGAAUCUGAUGAUGGAUUAGGCUUGUUUUUAUCGAUUAAUUAUGCUUAAUGUUGAUUUUAGUUGCUCAAUCUUGUGUUUGAAUGUCUAUUUGAUGUUUGGCUCCCAUUAAAUAUGAUUUUGAGUGUUGGGAUUUUUCCUUGACAA